AGACUGAGACACACACAGACUGACUGACAGAAAGAGAGAGACUGAGAGUCAGUCAGAGUCAGACAUACAGAGAGUGACUGACAAAGAAAUAAACCGGCUGACAGAAUCACACUGAGAGACAGACUGAUCUGCAGUCAGACACUUACCCAGAGAGUGACUGAUCUCAGAGGUUGAUCUCAGGUGGGAAAGUGUUAUUCUGAGUGCUUCGGGCACCCCAUGGAGCACCAUCCAUACAGAAAUGUCUCUCGUGACUGCUUAUCAUCCUUGGAGGAGUCUCAGAGUAGUUCUUUGGACAUUUCAGACAUUUCUGAAGAAGAGUUACAGAGAGAAUUAUCAUUCCUGGGCUACCCACAAGUUCCGCAGGAGGUGAUCUUAAAAUUCAAGGAGGACCUUGUGCGCCUCAUGAGGAAAGGAAUUACUGAUAUUUCUCGAAGUUCCAAAGAGACAGACCCUGUAUCAAAACCUUUAAAAGAGCGUAGUCUGGCUGGCUGGGCUACACCUUCAUCAUUCUCCAGUCUGGAUAAUGUGGGACAUUACAGCAAGCACAAUGUAAAUGUUGGUGGACGUGGGUUGGGAAUUCUAAGAACCACACAGCCACUGACACGCAAAGUACUACGCAGAACAAGCAAUGGGCAGAUACAAGUCACCGAUGAGUCCUCUAUGUUCAGUGAGUCAGAGGAGAGGGACAGUCAGAUCUCUGAAGGCCCAAGUGCAGAGACUUGUCACCAGCCCUCAGCUGACUACACCAAAUCUUUCAUUCGUCCCCCUUCGUAUUCACUGCUUGAUCAGUACCGACAGCGUUCAGACCCAGUAGGUCGAUAUCAGGAAUAUAAGCAGAGCUGGGAUGCUAUUCAAAGGGCUCUGGAACGGAGCAGGAAAGACCUGCGCUGGGAAAUUCGUGAGCAAAUGAUAUGUGCACCACCUCAACCUCUCCCUCGACCCCUUCCAGCAAUUAACACUUACGUUGUUCCCACAGAAAAGAAGCGGUAUGGGUUGCGGUGGGCUAUCCGUAAAGAUUUGGUCAAUGGAAUUAUGCCUCGUGCUAGCUACUCCUAGAUUUGGCAUUACUCUAAUACUUACUGCUGCUGUGUGGUUUGUAAGUGGCAGCACAGUGUCUGUGUGGUUUUUAAUGUGUACUUUUUUGUAAUUUUAAA